AUGCAGUCUCCGGAGAUCAGGGUGGUGAUUCCGUACGGCCUGGAGACCCUGCUGGAGGGAGUGACCCGCGCUGUUGUGGGAAAGAACCCAGACAACAUUAUUGAGUUUUUUGCUCUCUAUUUCCAAGACCUUGUUGAAUUUCGAAAAGAGCACACAUGUCUGGAUAUAACAGAACUGGUUGAGCAGUUUGAGGUCAUUAGAGAAAAUGUGACUGAGGCACUGGGAGGAAAGAAAUCAGAAUAUUUUGAGGAGCCCAAGCAAAGGGAUGAGUGUACUGACAUAGAUGAAGAGCAACUCCUUGAAGAAGCUGAAUUUCAGUACAGUUCCAAAUUCACUCAGUGCCCUUCAGUUGGCAGUUUAGUUUCAGAAAGCAAAUCUCCUGCUGGACCCGAGGGAGCUUCAUCCCCUGCAGGACCUGAGCCUGUUCCUGAAGGUCCAUUGGAGGAGGCCGUGCCCCCCUGUGAGGAAGAAACUGGGAAAGAGGGAGUGGAACAGAAGACAUCAGAGUUUGCUGAGGAGCCUGAGCAAAGGGACAAGUACAUUGACUCAGAGUUUGAGCCUCUUCCUGAAGACGAAGAAAUUGAGUACAGCAACAAGUACACCCAGUUCCCAUCAGCUGCCAGUUCAGUUUCAGAAAGCAAAUCUCCUGCUGGACCCGAUGGAGCUUCAUCCCCUGCAGGACCUGAGCCUGUUCCUGAAGGUCCAUUGGAGGAGGCCGUGCCCCCCUGUGAGGAAGAAACUGGGAAAGAGGGAGAGGAACAGAAGACAUCAGAGUCUGCUGAGGAGCCCGAGCAAAAGGACAAGCGCACUGACCAAGAGGAAGAGUCUCUCUCUGUAGAAGCUGACUUUCAGAAGAGGACUAAAGUCACCCAGUUCCCUUCAUCUACCGAUUUAGUUUCAGAAAGCAAAUCUCCUGCUGGACCCGAUGGAGCUUCAUCCCCUGCAGGACCUGAGCCUGUUCCUGAAGGUCCAUUGGAGGAGGCUGUGCCCCCCUGUGAGGAAGAAACUGGGAAAGAGGGAGAGGAACAGAAGACAUCAGAGGUUGCUGAGGAGCCUGAGCAAAAGGAGAAGCGUAUGGACUCAGAGGCAGAGCGUGUCCCUGAAGAAGCUGAAUUGCAGAAAGAGUCUAAAGUCACCCAGAGCCCAUCACCUACCAAUUUAGUUUCAGAAAGCAAAUCUCCUGCUGGACCCGAGGGAGCUUCAUCCCCUGCAGGACCUGAGCCUGUUCCUGAAGGUCCAUUGGAGGAGGCCGUGCCCCCCAGUGAGGAAGAAACUGGGAAAGAGGGAGUGGAACAGAAGACAUCAGAGGUUGCUGAGGAGCCUGAGCAAAGUGAGAAGCGUAUGGACUCAGAGGCAGAGCGUGUCCCUGAAGAAGCUGAAUUGCAGAAGGAGUCUAAAGUCACCCAGAGCCCAUCACCUACCAAUUUAGUUUCAGAAAGCAAAUCUCCUGCUGAACCUGAGGGAGCUUCAUCCCCUGCAGGACCUGAGCCUGUUCCUGAAGGUCCAUUGGAGGAGGCCGUGCUCCCCUGUGAGGAAGGUAAUGUUCCCUCAGCCACUGAGGCUGUCUGA